AGCAGCUGCAGUAGUGUUUGUGCUGCUGUGUGUUCUUCUGAUGACUGCAGUCAUAGUGCUGUGUUUCACCUUCAUUCAAGAGAGACAACAGCUGAAGACUAAGAUCACCAACCUCACAGAAGAGAGAGAACAGCUGAAGACUAAGAUCACCAACCUCACAGAAGAGAGAGACCAGCUACUAACCAACAAUAUGAGCCUCACAGAAGAGAGAAACCAGCUACUAACCAACAAUAUGAGCCUCACAGAAGAGAGAGACCAGUUAAAAUUAGAAAGAAAUGAUCUUCAGAAGUUUGUGGAUGGACUGAAGUGUCAUCAAUCAACUCUUUACUUCUUUUCCUCUGAGACAAAGAACUGGGAUGAGAGCAGAAGAUACUGUAGAGAGAGAGGAACAGAUCUGAUCAUCAUCAACAACAGAGAGGAACAAGAUUUUGUGAAGAAUAUUUGUGGUUCUGAUCAUUUCUGGAUUGGUUUGACUGAUGUUGAAGAGGAGGGCAGAUGGAAAUGGGUUGAUGGCAGCAACAUCAACAUCACCUCUGGGUUCUGGAAGUCUGGAGAACAUAACCAGCCAGACGACUAUCAGGGAAACGAAGACUGUGCUAACACUCAUUCAUCAGGAUGCUUUGAUACUAAAUGUGAUAGUAGUCUUAAAUGGAUCUGUGAGAAGAGUAUCCUAAAAUGAUACAUUAUAAUAAAAAUGUACAUAUAUGCAUUAUGAACAAAUAAAUAUGUCAGUAAUUUUACUUUUUUUAAUGGCACAUUAAUUAGGUUAUUCUGUAAAAACAAAUAAAAAAUAAAUAGAAAAAAAAACAUUGUAAUAUUAAAAUUCUCAUAUAAAACUUUUUAAAAUAAUUUUGUUUUGAAUUUUUAUAUCUGAACUAAAAUCUGAAUGGGAAAAACAACAGCAAUGUUUCUACAGACUGAAAUAAAAUCAGAAAUACACUGAUAUAAUAGAAAUAUUCAUAAAAACAGCAUUGAUCCAAUAUUGUUAACCAAAAUGAUCAUGAUUUUAGGAGUAUUACUCAGUACAUCAGUAA